AUGUCGGCGACGGCGGAGAUCUUCGUCGUCACCGGGCCGGGGCAAGGCGACCUCCACCCCAGCAUGGAGCUCUGCCUCCACCUCACCCGCCGCGGCUACUUCGCCACCCUCGUCAUCCCCUCCCAUCUCUUCUCCGCCAUCCCUCCCUUCUUCGCCUCCAACCCCCUCGUCGCCGUCGCCCAGAUCGCCGGCUCCUCCGGCCCUCCCAUGCACGUCUCCGACCAGCUCAACCAGCCCGCCGGCCGGGAUCUCUUGGCCCACCUGGAGAAACGGACGGCCGGUAGCGACCCGCCGCGCGUGGUGUGCGCGGUCGUGGAUUUCUAG